AUGGACGAAUUACUGCAGAAACAUGGUUGUGCUAACGUAUUUACUGUUCCAGAAGGCCUCAAAGAACUCAUGGCUGAUAUAACUCGUGAGGUCCUCCGCGCGCAACCAGACAAAAUAUUCGACUUCAUAGCUAACUACCUCUCCGCGCUCAUCAUCACGCGCGAGCACGGUAUCAUGGCGGUGAAGAUACUGGACGACCUGUGUGACUGCCGACCCUCGGUGACGGAGCAUUUGGAGGCCUUGGGCUUUCCGCUGGCGGAGGCUUCUGAUAUAGCUGCUAUUAUACAUGAGGAGAUUGAGAAGACUGAGCCGGAUGAGGGAAAUGAGCAUGUGAAAGAGACUCAGAUCCUGAAAAAGAUCCUGCACAAGAUUCCUAUAGACGAGGAUAUGACCGCCAAAGUUUGCCAGAUUGCAAGAAACGCUUACCGCGACUAUUGGUAUAGGAAGGAAUUGUUAGCAAAGACUUUAUCGAAAAAGCCUGAAGAGCCGUGGGAGGUAGCCGCGGCACAUACCCUCGAGAUCUACAAAAGGACCAACCCAACCUUCAGCGAACUCAACAGAGCCACGGAAAAGAUACAGGCAGCGUACAGGGGCUACCAUGUCCGCAGGAACUUGCUCACACUCAAGGAAAAGCCUGGGCCGAAGAAGAAGCUACCUGGCCCGCCGAUUGACGUCGCAGGCUCCAGGGUGGUCGACCUGGGACGAGUUAUCAGUUUAAAAGUAGCCCACGACGACGUAAGCAAGAUGUUCGAGGUGGACGUCAGGAACCAGCUGGGUCUGCCGUUUGACACCACUCGCAUGCUCACGCACAUCCCUAGCGAAGAUCUAAAUGCGAAAGAGUGUUCCUGCGAUGCCAUUGACUUUACUGGUAAGUUGUGUAAAGAGAACCAUGAAUGACGUAA